AUGUUUGUACACACCAACCAGCUGGAAUAUAAUGGCACUUAUUUAUUUGCAAAUUCGUCUUUUAUAGAAAGCUACAAACGCGGACUCUCCCAAGAAAACCAAGUGCAUAGCGAUAUUAAAUCAGAGGCAUUGCGGUUGCUCAAUAAAGAAGAUGUGGUAUUAUUGGACGCUGGCAAUUAUAUUAAAGCAUGGGAGUUUAACCAACAGCGCGCUGGUGCAGAUGUGUUGGAUGAUCGAGUGGACAAUUCGAACGUGCCAUAUACACGGGAAAUAUUUGAUGCUUUGUGUAUGCGUUACGAAGAGCCGCAUGGCAACUGCCGUUGGGAUAGUCCAUUGUUUGUAGUGUUUCCAUAA